GCAAAUCAGAACCUGUUAGAGCAGAAAGCUGUCCUAAAGCCCAAACCCAUAGGUCACACUCGUCACUUCAAACUGGGCGACGCCAUAUAGCACCCGAUAGGAGAGAGCUCGCACUACAGGGCUCUUAAUAGGAUAGCUUAGUUUUGAACAAAUCAGUCCAAAGCUGCGUUUUAGAUCGUUAAUGUCCAUCUCGACAUGCCACCCCAAAUGGAGUUUGUUUACGAAUCUCGAGUGCCGUCUGCUUGCGGGCUCCCCGAAGAAGAUGAUGUGGAACCGGGGACCGUCAGUUGUAUGUUGGUCGGGGAUGGAGCCGUAGGGAAAACCAGUAUGAUCGUCAGCUACACGUCCAAUGGAUACCCCACGGAGUAUCAACAAACAGCCUUUGACGUUUUCUCAGGUCAGGUCCAGGUGGAGGGUGCUCCUAUUAAAGUGCAACUAUUGGACACGGCUGGACAGGAGGAAUUCGACAACUUCCGGGCGCUGUCCUAUGCCCACACGGACGUCUUCAUCCUCUGCUUCAGCAUGGUCAACCCCACCUCCUUCCACAACAUCACCAAGAAGUGGGUGCCCGAGAUCCGGGCGUACAACGCCUCGGCGCCCAUCGUGCUGGUGGGCACGCAGUCGGACCUCCUGCUGGACGUCAACGUGCUCAUCAACCUGGACCGCACCAAGGUCAAGCCCGUUCUCAACUCCCGGGCCAAGAGCAUGGCGGAGAAGAUCCGGGCAGCGGACUACAUCGAGUGCUCCUCGCUCACCCAGAAGAACCUCAAGGAGGCCUUUGACGCCGCCAUCUUCGCCGCCAUCAAACACAAGACCCGCAAGGCCAAGAAGCGACGCUCCUCCGACCGCAAAGCCAAGGCUUUCUCCCGCUACAGCUGGAAGAAGUUCUUCUGCUUUAUAUAAACUCUGCUUUUUAUGAACUCUAACCGAAAAAGCGUGGACAUACAAACCCCAUGGGUUGUGCGCAUGAACUCUUAUUUGAAAGAACUAUUUUCUUUAUUUAUUUACUUGACUUGACUUUAUCUGAACCCCCCCCCCCUCCUCCUGUUUCUAGUUAUGUUAACGUUGCUCCUUAACAUCUUGGCUAAAGAUGAAAGCAACCUACCAGGACGGAAAAGUAAGCAUUGGAAACCGAAUCUGUUGGAAUACUGAAAGGAGUGGUUUGUAUCCGAGGAAUCUGACUGCUUUCUAGACUUAACGGCCGUGAGUCGAUACGUCACUAUUCCCUGUUAGCAAAUUCAGUUAGCAUACCGACUGAGAAUCAAACAUCUUGCAACAUUUGGAACAUCAAACAGCGGCCUCUGCAAACCCAGCCUGACACAGGGACCUUGUCCUGAAUAAUAAUCUUUCUAAACGCGGACCCCACACUCGGUGGAGGGAAGGUCAGACAUGGAAAUGCUAUGAAUUUGCAUGCCCUCAAUUGCUUCCACUCUCAUGUCUAGAGUCCCCCUGCCCAGGUGUAUGCAUACAUGCGGGAUGUAGGCCUAUUUGUCAACGAGGAAGAGAGAAGAGUGACGCAAAAGUGCAUGAGCUACAUGUAUUGUAGAUGUAUUUUUCUCUCAUUUCUUUGCGAUUCCACCCUAUUCACAUGGAACAGGUGGGAGGCCGAUGCAUACGUGUGAGGUGCCAAAACGCUACCAGUGUGUGAAAGUCGCUUUCUUAUUUUCUUGGGACCAAAGGUUGGCGCCAGAUGUGAUCAAAUCUUUUGACUCAAUCAAAACCCACCGCUACCACACUGUAAACACUGCACGUCCCCAAAAGUAUUUAUUUGCUCAAGAGACGAGCGGAUGGGAGUCAACUUGUGUGAUCAGCGAUUUGAGUUUGUAGAACAAUCACAAAAGAUCAGAAACUUGUUGGGUUAAUCUUCCGAUUGAGCCACGGGAACCGGUUCGUAGGAUUUGAAUCCUUUCCCAUGUCUGAGGUGAAAGGGAGUAUAGGAGGGGGGGGGGGGGGGGGUGUAAUCUCUGCCUUUUCAUCCCUGUCUCUCUACAAUCUGCAUUUGUAAAGGGAAACACCGCUGGAGUCUUUAGGUCCAGCCUACUGUCCCCCCCCCCCCCCCCCCCCUGCCCCUUACUUAACACCACCCUCCGCUAACACCACCCUCCUCUGCGCUACUUCCAUGGGACAUGGCCUCUUUGUUUGUAUGUUCAAUACACUCCUCCCUAACUCAUCAACAACCUGUGACUUUUCAGGCUGUGUGUGUGUGUGUGUGUGAGUUACACAGUUUCACUUUGAAUGUAGACACACACACACACACACAAAGGCACACAUGGAGUCAGGCUUAUCGUUAUGCUUCUUGUGGAAGUCAGUGUUAUCUAUUAUUUGUUCUGUUUGUGUAAAACAGUUUUGUUGUUUGUCCAGAACUUCUUGUUUGUAAAGUAUGAAAGUAUAAAAACAGGAUUGGAAUAUUUAAUGGACUGGCAACGGCGUAUACCAUGAAUUGUGUUUUUACUUUGAAAUUGUAUCCUGUCAACCCUCCAAAAAUGCUCCAUCUCUCAUGUGUUUGUAUACGGAGGAAAAUCAGCCAAAUAAAUGAAGUGCGAACUAUGAA